GUAGAGUAUAAAGUCGUCGGUGUGGGGCCAUAUUAUUUCUUCAAAUUGCUGUUACGUUAACAACCACACGCAUUUAGAGUUUGUUUUUGAAUUAAAACAACUUAGCUACAGCAUGUGGUCAUAGGAUAAGCAAUUCAUAGACAUUGUAGUUGCAAAUGGCUGUGGAACUAGGGCCCGCCGCACUUCCGGCGCAAAUCGAUAUGCAGGAGCCGGUCUCAAAGAUCACAUUCUUACACGCGCUCGUCGCUGGCGGCGUGGCAGGUUUCGUGGUGGACAUAGCACUGUUUCCCAUUGAUACGGUUAAGACACGCCUACAAAGUGAGUUGGGCUUCUGGCGCUCCGGUGGGUUCCGCGGCAUUUACAAAGGAUUGGCCCCAGCGGCUGCUGGCAGCGCACCUACUGCUGCUCUAUUCUUCUGUGCCUACGAAUGUGGUAAACAGCUGCUGAGCUAUGCGAGCAAUACCAAAGAUUCACCUUAUGUGCAUAUGACAGCUGCGUCCAGCGCCGAAGUUCUCGCCUGCCUCAUUCGUGUACCUGUCGAAAUUGCCAAGCAACGCUCACAAACACUUUUGGGCCACAAACAACAUCAGACUGCGUUGCAGAUCCUAAUGCGCGCCUACCGCACUGAGGGCUUGCGUCGUGGUCUCUAUCGUGGAUUUGGGUCGACGAUUAUGCGUGAAAUUCCGUUCAGCUUGAUACAGUUUCCGUUGUGGGAAUACUUUAAGCUGCAAUGGACGCCAGUGACUGGCUUUGAUUCGUCACCCUUCACGGUUGCUCUCUGUGGCGCCGUUGCGGGCGGCAUUGCGGCUGGCCUAACAACGCCACUGGAUGUUGUCAAAACGAGAAUAAUGCUUGCAGAUCGAGAAAGCCUGUUGCGACGUCGUAGCAUACCGGCUGUACUGCAUGGCAUUUAUAAAGAACGCGGCAUAGGCGGUUUGUUUGCCGGCAUUGUACCUCGAGUUCUGUGGAUAACAUUGGGCGGUGCGUUUUUCUUUGGCUUUUACGAUCUAACAACGCGUUUAUUGAGCGCUGCAAAUGCUGCUGAUUAACAGCUUAACUAGGCACAUAUUUUUUAGUGAAUGUACAAAGUCUGUGGAACGUUUAGACGUAAUUUUAAGCUGAUAUCAAA